AUGCUCUUCGGUGCUGACAGGCCAGCUUUCCCCCUGGAGUUGACAAACCAGACGAACAUCCCACAAGAAAGUGAAGACCCUGUCUUCUAUCCAGCUCCUCUCUUUUCGGUCACAAACGGGAGUGCUAUUGUGGCCAAUGCCAUUAGCCAAGUCAAUGCCAUUCUCGCCACAAACGCAACCAAUUGCACCAAAUGUCUCUCUGCAUUGGAAGUUGGCCAAUAUGUGGCCCAGCGGGUCCCUGCCAUGGUUCCAGAUUUGCUGGUCCAAUUGUGCAUCAGUAGCGGAUUCAUGUCCAACACUAGCUGUCAUGAAAAUUACGAUGCCGAAAACUUUGGAGCUGUCUAUACCCAAGUUCUCGCCUUAGGGGACAUGUCCGGAUCCGACGGCGAGUAUCUUUGCAACUUCCUGAGCGGCAAUUUCUGUCCUCGUCCGUUCACUCUUCCCUCGAAUACGACGGGGUAUUUCGGCCCCAAGCCUAGCAAUGUCACCGUACCGAAACCCAACGGCAAGAGAGUCAAAGUCGUCCAUAUGAGCGAUUUCCAUAUCGAUCCAAGAUAUGACGUCGGUUCAGAAGCAAACUGCUCGAGCGGCCUGUGUUGUCGUUCCAACAACCCCAAGAGUGCUUCCGGUCACCUGGAGAUAUCCUCGCCAUUGUACGGGUCGUUCAGGUGCGACAGUCCUUACUUCCUUCUCACGUCUGCCCUGGAGUCCAUCGGACCUCUGACUGGCACGACUUUCAAUAAUCAAACGGAGAACGACCAGUUCGCGUGGGGCAUCUACACCGGCGAUCUAGUUUCUCAUGAAUCUCAGAACGAACUGUCCAAUAACUACACCAAAUACGCCGAAUUCUCGAUUUACCACAUGAUCAAAUCUUACAUCCCUAGCGGACCGAUCUUCGCCGUGCUUGGGAAUCACGAUAGCAACCCCGAUGGCAUUGACUCUCCGCACAGCUUGCCAGGAAAUCUGGGUCAGCAACAGUCAUGGAAUUGGAAUCACGUUGCCUCGCUGUGGCAGCAGAACAACUGGAUCAACGCACAGGCCGCAAACGAGGCCCGCAUGCAUUAUGGCGCUUACAGUAUCAAUCAUCCAAAGUACCCAAAAUUGAGGAUCAUUACUUUUAACACGGAUUUCUGGUACCGGAGCAACUUGUUUAAUUAUAUCAAUACCACAAAUCCGGACAACAGUGGGAUUUUCAAAUUCGUUGCGCAAGAGCUCCAAGAGGCCGAGAGCAAAGGCGAACGUGUCUGGCUUCUUGGGCAUGUCUUGUCAGGCUGGGAUGGUUCCAACCCUCUUCCCAACCCCACAGAUCUCUUCUACCAAAUUGUUGACCGAUAUUCGCCACACGUGAUUGCCGGUGUGUUCUUCGGCCACACCCAUGAAGACCAGUUCUUCAUCUACUACAGCAACAAUGGCACGGCUCAAAAUGAUGCCCACGCCGUCAAUGUUGGUUGGAUCGGGCCGAGUGUGACGCCUCUGACCAACCUGAACUCCGGCUAUCGCAUGUAUGAAGUUGACACGGGAGAUUUCUCGAUUUACAACGCCUACACAUACUAUGCCAAUGUGAGCGCGUUCCAGACUCUCGACCCUGCCCAAACCGGCCCCGUCUGGAACUUUGAAUACUCCACCAGGGACACGUACCCAGUGGGAUGGCCUGAAGAUGCGCCUCUGAACGCGACAUACUGGCAGAAGGUCACCGAGGCCAUGGCUGCAAAUCACACUCUGGUGAGCAUCCACAACACCUUGCAGGGAAAGAUGAGCGUCAAGACCCCCAAUUGCACCAGCAGCGCCUGUGCGGAAGCGAGGAUCUGUUACAUGCGAAGCGCGAACGUCGCGCUGGGCAGGCAAUGCCCUCAAGGAUUCGGCUCCGUUCAGAGCCCUUUUACCGGCAAGAACUUCUAA